AAAGAUUGAAAACCUCUCAAAGUCCCUGCCUGUCAAUGCUCCGACAUGGAGGUACACAAAGCAGUUCUUUUACUUGGUCUCUUUCUUUUUACAGGUUUUCUCGGGAGUCACAGCCAAAGCACAGAUGUUCUGGAAGCAUAUAUUAAAACAGAUGGGGCCUGGAUAGUGAAAUUGCCUAAAUCUCAAUACACUGUCAAUACGGUGGAGGAAUGUGCCGUCAAGUGUAACAAAGAGGUUUCCUUUACAUGCAGGUCCUUCUUGUACAUCGAAAAAGAUCAGGAUUGUGUAACAUUACCUGCCAACUCAAAAACUGAUCAAAUACUGAGAAGAAUGAGUGCUGCCCUCUAUGAGAAAAAGGAGUACUUACUGGAAUGUGUAAAUGGCAUUGGCAUGGACUACAGAGGGACAAAAUCCAAGACAAAAUCAGGGAAAUCAUGUCAGCGAUGGGAGGGAACUUUCCCCCAUGUACCAAACAUUACACCAAGAGCUUACCCAAAAGCAGAUUUGGAGUCCAACUUUUGUCGAAACCCAGAUGGAGAUAAGGGGGGUCCCUGGUGCUACACCACAGAUCCUGAGAAACGAUGGGAGCACUGCAAUAUCCAAGACUGCACAGAGGAAUGUAUGCAGUGUAGUGGAGAAAACUACAGAGGGAAAAUCUCCACCACUGUGAGUGGAUUUACCUGCCAACGCUGGGACUCUCAGCAACCCCAAAACCACGGUUACCUCCCUUCAGCUCUUCCUGAUAAGUACUUGGAAGAGAACUAUUGCAGGAACCCAGAUGGAGAGCCCAGGCCCUGGUGCUUCACCACCAGUUCAUCCAAACGCUGGGAAGCUUGCGCUAUUCCUCGAUGCACAACUGAACCACCAACAAUUGUACCGGAGCUUACCUGUGCAAGUGGAGAAGGUAGUUCCUACAGGGGCACAAUUUCAGUCACAAUCACAGGGAAAACAUGCCAGCAAUGGACAUCCCAAAGUCCUCACAAACAUUCCAGAUCUCCAGAAAAUUACCCAUGCAAAGGCCUUGAUGAGAACUACUGUAGAAACCCUGAUAAUGAAAGAAGUCCAUGGUGUUACACUACAGAUCCUGAGACCCGCUGGGAAUACUGCAGCGUGCCUAGUUGUGGAGAUCAACCUAGACCGGAGGAGCCUGUGAUCCCUCAGGGUGAGGAAUGUUAUGUGGGUGAUGGAAGCUCAUACCGUGGUGUUAUGUCUGAGACCAUAAGCGGAAAGAAAUGCCAGUUCUGGACAUCCAUGGAGCCUCAUAGACAUUCCAAAACACCUCAGAACUUUCCUAAAGCAGAUCUAAGGAGAAACCUGUGCAGGAACCCAGAUGGAGAUAGAGCCCCUUGGUGCUACACCACAGAUCCCACAGUUCGGUGGGAGUACUGCAAUAUUGAGCGAUGUGACAACAAGCCCAACAUACAGGAACCUCCUGCCAAACCAGCAGCUACAACUCCAACACAGUCUACCCCAGCUCAGUCUACUCCAGAUCAGUCUGCACCUUCAGAAACAGAUUGUAAAAAUGGCAAUGGAGCAGAAUACCGAGGUGCCACAUCCAUGACUGUCAUGGGAGUGACCUGCCAAGCAUGGAGGUCAAUGACCCCCCAUCAGCAUGCCAGUUUUACCCCUGAAACGCAUCCAGACAAGGGUCUAGAGUCUAAUCAAUGCAGAAACCCAGACAGUGAUGUAAAUGGACCUUGGUGUUAUACAACAGACCCAAGUAAGAAGUGGGAUUACUGUCAGAUUCCAGACUGUGAGAGUCUAAAAUGUGGACAACCAGCAACAAAGCCCAAGCGCUGCUUUGGGCGUAUUGUCGGGGGAUGUGUUUCCAAACCACACUCCUGGCCUUGGCAGAUCAGUCUUAGGACCAGAGGCAAAAUUCAUUUCUGUGGUGGAACAUUAAUUGAUCCACAAUGGGUCGUAACUGCAGCUCACUGCCUUGAGAGAUCUGAAAGUCCAUCUGCCUACAAGAUCAUGCUAGGAAUCCACACAGAGCGAGCAACCGAAUCAUCAAAACAGGAGCGAGAUGUUACAAAGAUUAUUAAGGGACCAGAUGGAACUGACAUUGCUCUUCUCAAGUUGGACAGGCCUGCAUUAAUAAAUGAUAAGGUAUCACCUGUAUGUCUACCAGAAAAAGACUACAUUGUACCUAGCAAUACUGAAUGCUAUGUAACAGGAUGGGGGGAGACACAGAAUACUGGUGGAGAAGGCUACCUGAAAGAGACCGGUUUCCCUGUAAUUGAGAACAAAGUCUGUAACCGUCCAUCAUUUCUGAAUGGCCGUGUGAAGGACCAUGAAAUGUGUGCUGGAAACAUAGAAGGUGGAACUGACAGUUGCCAGGGUGACAGCGGUGGACCUCUCGUCUGCUACGCACAGAACACCUUCGUCCUUCAGGGAGUCACAUCAUGGGGUCUGGGCUGCGCUAACGCCAUGAAACCCGGAGUUUAUACCAGAGUCUCGAAGUUUGUCGACUGGAUUGAACGCAGUAUAAAGGAAAACUGAGAACUGGUCGGAUCAAUCGAAUGAUCUACAACAGAAUUUAAGUGUACAACUCAUGAUGAAGUAAUAAUAAA